AUGAAUACUGAAGAUACGAUUGCUAAUGAACCUAUAGUGGAUGGAUUGAAGGAUGAUACUGCUACUACAACUGAGAGUAAAGAAGAUAAUUUUAACCAAAAAUUUUCUAAAAAACAAAAAAAAAAUUAUAGACCCAAGGAAUCAGAUUUGAAUGAGAAGGAAUACAAACAAGCCCAGAUUCAUAAUAGUAAUGGAAAGUACAUUGCUUUAAAAAAAUCGUUUGAACAUGAAGAAAUUGCAGUUGAUGCUAUUAAGGAUUUGCCUAAUAACUAUUUAGAUAAAUUAGGUGUACAUAAAAUAGGAUGA